UGCCCAUCCACGCCGCCUUCUCUCCACCGGCGUCCUCUCGGCGCGAGCAGCCUCCCCGCCGUCCCUUCCUCCGCUCUCCCCCGGUCUCUCUUUAAGAACCGGCCAGGAGGGCGAAGCGGGGACGCCUGGGCGGGGCCUGAGGCACGCCCCUCCCUCCGCCGCGGUUGGCGUGCCAGGAAAAGUGGGAGCGAAGUUUUUAGUGCAACGCGGAGAGGCGCUGGGAGUGGAUGGAGUCGCGCUGGAGGGCGAACCGGGAGGAGGAGGGCGGUAUAAAUAAAUAAAAAGAUCCCGGGGCGCCACCCAAGGAGGGGAGGAGCGACGGCCGGUGACGAAGAGGCUGCAGGAAGAGAGGGAGUGCAAGAAUCGGACAAAUGAAAGGAGGGAAGAGGAGCAAACUUUCUGGGGAUUUCUGAGAAAGGCCAGUGGACUUCCCGGACGUGGCUGGACGGAGCAGCGACAGGAUCCAACUGUAGCGCCAGGAGGAUAUCGGCGGCGGGGGUGUGUGUGCGCUCUGUGGCUCUGCUUCUUUUGGCUCAGCCUCUUGGCAGAGGCAGCGGAUCAGGGCGACUACAAAAGCAGGAAGCGAAACGGGACGGUCCUGUGAGUCACCCCCCUGAGCAGUGGAGAAGAGAAGGCUUUUCGGAAAGAUGCCCAUCCUCAAGCAGUCCCCCGUCUCCCACUCCAAGAAGCGGCCCCGUCUGGACCGGGCCAUGAUCAGCGCCCCUUUGGGGGACUUCCGGCACACGAUGCACAUCGGUCGGGGCGGAGAUGCUUUUGGGGACACGUCUUUCCUCAGCAGCCAUGGGGGCUCCAAGUCCAACGGGCUGGCCUCAGACGUCUCCGGGUCUCCAGAGCGCCUGUCUCUUUCUGGGGCGGAUUCUGGCCCCUUCGAACUGCUGUCUCCCCCGGGUAGGGGGAAUGGAGUAAUCCAGAGCCCGGCGACUUCGACCCCUGAGGGGAGCUACAAGGUACGGCAGGGCCCGGAAAUGGCCGAGCACCAGCCACAGGCGCCCUCUAAUGGAGCAGGCUGGGACCUGCAUCAGAAGGUCUCCUUGGAGACCCCCACCUUGGAGUACGGGGAGUCCCUGCUCUCCUUCCAGCUGGAUCUCGGCCCUUCUAUCCUGGAUGAGGUGCUGGGAGUGAUGGACAGAGACUGGGACAGCCUCAAGGACCUGGACCAGGUCCCAGUGAGGAGCGAAAGCCUGAGCCCAGUGGGACACCACUUCCACCAUGCUGUUGACGACGAGGACGACGACGAGGACGACGAGGACAUGGGGCAGGGAUACAGCUUUGAGGAUGAGCAGGAUGAAGAGAUCGGGCUAUAGGCAGGGGGAGGGACGCCGGUCUGUCUCUCCUUGGCUUCUCACCUCCCCUCCCCCCGAAACACUCCUCUCUGCAGAGUUUCCCAGUAGUGGGCCGCCGGCCGCCCAUGGGCCAAGCCUGCCCUGCAGACGACCGCCGGUUGGCCUGCCGCUUCUCUUUGGCCCUCCAAGAAGCCUUUUAGCUUUACACCUCUCCUAGCUGACUUCAAGAGGAAGGCGGACGGAGGCACGCAGGCUGCCCUCCCCCACCGUGACUGCCGCAGUCUCCCGUUUGAGGAAAGGCAUCGAGCCGGUCUCUGAUCUCCAAGUCUGGCGAUGGCAAUUGAAAGGGAAAAGGGAAAGGGACUUGGCUUCUCAGUCUGGAGAUUGGUCUUCGGGCCGGCCAAGGGAUAAUGUUACAGACUGAACACUAGCUCUGAAAAACAGGGUUGCAGCGCAUGCCCAGUAGCGCUUGCCCUUUCCCUCCAUGUCUCGUAUUCCCCCAUGAUGCCUGGGAUGGUAUAAACUCUUCCGUGUAUGUGGUGUUGGCACCUGUGGAGAAACGCAUCUCGGUUUCUAGCCACCUCGUGUCUGUAGAGCAGAUGAAGUGGCGCAGCAGUCGACAAGCUGAAGAAACCCUCCGCGCCUCUGUCUUCUCAUCUGGCCUUUGGUCUCUCGGGGCUUCCAUCCUUUACGCCCCACCAGGACAGAGGUUCUGUUUUACUCGGCUGCUGGUCAUUCUAGUCUAGCCGGGGAACAGUUUGGGUAGAGAGAUGGGAGGCAGGGACAGAGGGGCAGUCUGUGGUGUGGAAAUAG